ACAAGGAAGUGAGGGGCGCGCUGCCUCUUCCUCAUUCCCUGUUCGUGCCCUGAGAUGGCUUUCUACCCGCGUAAGGGGAGGCUUAUCUCCUGCGCUUCCGCGUCCCCUCCUCUUCCUCCCGCUUUGUGAACGUGCUUCCCCUGGCCGGGCGGGGUGGGGGGACGGUUCUCUUCGACCCUGGCCGUCACUUGAGGCAGUCGCCUUCGUCUCUCGCCGCCCUCACCUCCGCACGCGCCCCCAGUCCCUUCUCCCUCGUCGCCUUGUUGCCCUUCUGAGGCUUUCGCCACCGUCCCCGGACCCCUGCGUGCGUGUUUGGAUUAGCAGGGCCUCGGAAGCAGAGCCUGCCUGCUUUGGUCGCUGGGGCCUUGGGCACCAUUGCCGCGAUUUGGAAAGUGCGCACGCAGUGUAUGGCCUUAGUAUCUGCUGAUGUGAUGGUUCUGUUCACUUACAAAGGAAGUAUUUUUCCAUAAUUGCUGUUCUAGAGUGUUGCACCAACUUGGCCACUAAGAUACUGCUGAAACAAUAGCACCAAUAAAUGUGAAUGUUGCACCCCAAAUGGGACAAGAUUUAUGACAUCAACAAUGCAGAAUAUCAACAUUAUAAGCACACCACAAAAACUGACAAAUUCAGGAAAUCUUCUGAUUGGGAGUCCAUAUACCAUAGCACCAGCCAUGGUUACUCAGACACACAUAUCAGAAACAGCUGGCUGGAUUCCAGGGGACAGAAAACGAACUCAAGACUUCAUGGAAUCAGAUUUUUCAGAAAGUAAAAGAAGCAAAAAAGGAGAUAAAAAUGGAAAAGGUCUGAGGCAUUUUUCAAGGAAAGUAUGUGAAAAGGUGCAGCGUAAAGGAACAACAUCUUAUAAUGAAGUUGCAGAUGAACUUGUAUCAGAGUUUACAAAUUCUAAUAGCCACUUAUCUACAGAUUCACAGGCCUACGAUCAGAAGAAUAUUAGACGGAGAGUUUAUGAUGCCCUCAAUGUGUUGAUGGCAAUGAACAUUAUUUCAAAGGAGAAAAAAGAAAUCAAAUGGAUAGGUCUUCCUACAAACUCAGCUCAAGAAUGUCAAAAUCUAGAAAUAGAGAAGCAGCGUCGUAUAGAACGAAUAAAACAAAAGAGAUCUCAGCUACAGGAACUUCUACUGCAGCAAAUUGCUUUCAAAAAGUUGGUACAGAGAAAUCGACAAAGUGAACAUCAGACUCGGGCAGCCCCCCAAGUUAAUUCUACAAUACAACUGCCUUUUCUAGUAAUAAAUACAAGCAAAAAAACUGUUAUUGAUUGUAGCAUCUCUUCUGACAAAUUUGAAUAUCUUUUUGAUUUUGAUAAUACUUUUGAGAUCCAUGAUGAUACUGAAAUCUUGAAGAGAAUGGGAAUGUCACUUGGCCUGGAGGAAGGCAAAUGUUCACCAGAAGACUUAAGAAUUGCAAAAUCGCUAGUGCCUAAAGCAUUAGAAAACUAUGUCACAGAUAUGUCUGCAGGAGUUUGUUGGAUGAACCGGGAGUUAGUUUUUAAUUCUGUUCAAGCAGAUUCUCCUUUGGGCAAAGCUGGGGAUACUGCUAUUUUUAAGUCAAGUGGAAAUCCAGAACUGUGCCUGGAUGCUGAGGUAGCCUUAGCAACAGGACAACUGCUGGCCCCCAGCAGUCAGCAGUCCAGCAGUGCAACAUCUCACUACUCAGAGUCGCGUGGUGAAACCCCCUGUUCAUUCAAUGAUGAAGAUGAGGAUGAAGAUGAUUCAUCUUCACCGGAAUAGACACACACCAGCCAUAUGAAAUGCUGCUCUUGUGCACUAUUUGUGUGAGCUUAAGUUCAUUAUCUAGCUUUUUUAUAUAUUUUGCCUCUUUGCCAUAUGUAUUUUGUUAAUGUUUGGAAAAAGAUUUAUCCAAUGUCAUAAUGAAAGUUGCUUAUGUUAAGUACAGUCAGUGUACUUACACAUAGACUUUAAAGAACAUGAUUCAGAGCUUGAACCUAUGCACAGAAGAUACAAUGUGGAGGCCUCCAAACAAGUAAAAGGACUCUCUGGUGUGACACUAUUCAAUGCCAUUGGUACCUGGAUCCAGUCUACAGGAGCAAUAUGAUUCUUUUUUCCCCUCUGCCCCCAUACCUGCACAGCAGACUGAGCCUCAGUCUUGAGUCUUUGUGCAUAGGUUGCUCUUUAAAUUGCUUGGGGCAUCAGCAGCUGUGUAUGUAUGUGUUAAUCCUUGUUGGAGGUUGCCUUUUGGAGUGGGAGCUAGAAGGGGGCCUGGCCAGCUGGAUGUAUAGCAGCCUCUUUGGCCAAAUGGUUUCACAAUUCUUCUUUGAUCCAGGAUGGCUACUUCUGUCUCCCAGACCUCUUCCCAGCUUUUCUAGUCUCAGACCCUGUUAAAGCAUGUAACAGAUAACACAAUUGGGUGCUAUCCUUCAACAUACUUUUGACAUUUGGUGUACAAUUGUAGACGUGCUGUAGCAAGCUCACACUCAGAGCAGUUGGAUUAGCCAAAAGUGCCUUUCCUUUUUCAGUCAAGGAGUAGAACACCUCCCAAAAAGGUCUGGCAGAACAAAAACUACAGUGCAGAGGAAAGAAGCAUGCACCAUUCUGCAUUUUAUAUCAUGGAAUAAUGCUUCCUUGGUUGCCCUCUUUUGCCCACAUCACCUAAGAUGUUCACUGUUUCCUCUUGUGGUAAUAUUUUACUAUAUUUUUCAAAGAAACAAAAUAUAUUUUAAACUACGAUGUCCAAUAUAAUUAUGGUGGAGAGGAUAUUGAUGUAUGUUUUGUACUAACCAGCUUCUUAUGUACAGAGGUAGUAAUAUAAAUUGAUGUAGCCAAAGUUUGAGGAUUUCUGCUCUAAGUUUAUUCCUGGUUUAUCAUUAGUAUUUCAGUAUUUUACAGUUUUCCCCUUCUAUACAUUAGUGGAGCAACAUUUGGAGUAUUUUCUGUCAAUCUCUUCUUUUUUAAAUAAAAAUAUAUAUUAAAAAGGGUUUUAAAAAUGAUAAAUGGAAUUUAAAUUAUACCAAAUUAUACCAUUCAGUUUUCCAUCUUUAUCAAAUUCAAUGUUUAGAUGAUAGAUAAGGAAGCAUGUAAAAUUGCUAAAAUGGCAAUAAAACUGAUUUUCAAAUGUUAUAUGCUAAACGCAUGAAAUGUUGCAAAUAUUUUGAUGCAACACUUUUUAGAGGAUUAAAAAAUAAAAAUUGUGGUAACAUUUGUAAUCUCAAGUUUUACAGAAUGAUCUAUAAAAUCAUAACAGUCUGUUACUGUAAAACAGCAUUGAUAGGGAAAGUAAGUAUUGAAAGUCACAACAUGGACGGAAACUAAUAUGAUUAUCAUAAUAACCUAAAGGCCAUCUUUAGUUGGAUUUUUUAAAUAUUAAGCAGUUUCAGCCAAAAAUACUGUGAUCGAGUUCUGAGAAAAUAAAAGGAUAUUUUAAACCUUGGGAUUUAGUGAACUAAUUUCAUCCCAAAAAUAUUUCAUCCACAUAUGAAUUUCAAUUUUUAAAGGAGCAAUUCUACUUCAGUCUUUGGAGUACAUUCCCACCUGGAAACUAACAAGAGUCUGUUUCGGUUUUUAAAAUCACAGUGUGAGAUUUGGCAAAUCAUUACCUAGCCUUUGGUGUAUCUCAAAUGGAGGAUUUUUCCAAGUUCCAGGCAUAAGGUUCCAAAUAGCGCUGUAGCUGAACAGGCCAUACUGUAUCAAAAUGCUGGCCAGAUGAGGAUAGGAGUGCUUAUCUCCUUAAUUCAGAACAUUAAAAAUAUGGUAGGGUAAAAAUUAAAUCAUUUUUACUUUCACCCUAGCUUUCUCAUGUGCUUGUUAUGUUCUCUCUUUCUCAUCACUAUAUAUUAUAGUAGGAGAUGCAUAUUUUUCAUAUUAGUCUGCUUAUGUAUGAAUAAAAUGAGGCAUUGGGAUUCAUAGCUCCCCAAUUCUGCAAGCUAUCCUUCCAGGGGCAUUCUCCCAGCCAUCCAGUAUGAGGUGUUGGCAUUCUCCCAGCCAUCCAGAGGAGAUUUGGCUUCAACCAUUUGGAUUUGAAAUCUUACCUCAUUCCUCACUUCAUUCAAAACUGUAACUCAUGUUUAAAGAUGCAGAUCUGCCUUUGUUAUUUGGGCCUUAUAGCAAAGUGAAAUAAUUAAUAUUUAAUUACUUGUUAAUUAAAAUUAAUGUUUAUUAUGUAAAAUAUAGGAUACACUGCUAUGAGUUGGAUUUUUAAGAAUGUGGGAAAUGAUACUUACCGAUGCUGCAUUUAUUCUAAAGCAGUAUUCUCCUCUUUUGUAUGACACAGCUGUGCCAUACCUAAUGCUACUGUAUUCAGAAAACAGAAGCAUAUUCACUGCUGCACCUUCUGCUCUCAAACUUGUGAAAUAACAGCCUACAUAAAUCAAUAGAGCCAUCUUGAUUUGUGGGACAGAUUUGCAGACUCAUUUUCAUCUGUGCAAAUGGGCACAAUGGUGGUAGAGUAUAGAAAGAUGGUAUUUCCCUUCUAGGCAAGCUGUACAUGUUUUAAUAUAAACAUAUAUUGUGCAGUAUUGCACAUGGUCUAGUUGUACACAGGACCUGUACUCAUGUAGAAAGGGCAGUAAGGGCAUUUAGUCCAUGAUUCAAACAGAGGUGAAUACUUAUCAGGAAUUAUAGAAACUGGUAAUUGUGUGGUAUUAAAAAAUAUCCACAACUAUCUUAAAUACUUUUAAGAUCUAAAGUAUAUUCAAGAGCAAGUUUCUGAAACUUGCUGUGGACCUUUAUAUACUAUAAAGUAUUUUCAAAUAUCUUUUAAGUGCUUUUCAUUGACCAAAAUAUAACCAGCAUUGCAUUGCAUGCAGGUAUUCUGGAUCGCAAUGUUAGAAAAUACAUAUGGCAGGUAAUCUGCCUAAUUCCCCACAUACAAUUUUAUAUUUUUAACAAACAUUUUAUACUUUUUAGUGAAGAACCUUUGUGAACUCAAAGGUUCUAUGAAACUAUUGGUCUUGCACAUUAUUUCAAGGAGAAACAUCUUCUGUACAUUUAUGCCUGGAUAAUUCAAAUUCUGUGCCAAGACAAGUUGAUUUCCAUGCUAAUAUUCUCAUGUGUGUUUUAUUUUCCAAUUAUUUGCUUUUCUGAAUAAUUUAUUUUGGUUUACUGAGGAAGGAGGGGCAAAGUGAAGCGGAGCAAUAAAGUCCUGUUUCUAUCACUGGAACUUUUGUUAAGUUCUGUACACCUAUUACCACUUCCUACCACAUCCUGUGGGUGUUCUCAAUUUCAGUGAAUUUACAGUAUAUGAACUAUUCUAGCUAUAUCUGUUUAUCAGGCUAAUAAUGAAUCUUUGAAUCAAUAGUGCUCAGUCCAGUUCUUUUUUUUUAGCCAUAAUAUUUGUGUGCAGAGUGUUGUUUCACAGAGCAUAACAACUCUGUACUUUUCUUUUGGUGUGCACAGCAUACAUAAGAAACGACAGUGCAUUCCAUGACAGUGAUAUCGGAGAAGCACAAAAAUAUCCUAUUCUUUAUAUUGUUAUGCUUGUAGGAAUCCCACCACCAGCAUGUGCCAGGAUCAUAGUAGAACUGCACUGCGCCCUUACAUUUCAUCAAAGAAUUUGGCAAUCCAACUAAGAAAGAAAUGAAAUACGCCUUUGCCAAAGUGAAUGUCCAUAAUGAAUCAAUGCUAUAGAAGAUCUUGUUUUUGGUUAUGUUAUUUCUGUACUUUAGUUUCAGAAAAAAUGGAAGUAUGGUGGAAACAUUCAAAUGUUUUUAAAAAUAACACAUAUGAGCCAAUCAAUAUAUGUAUGUUCUGCCUUUGUGAGAUUUUGCUAUGGACGGAAGAAAAUAAGAGCCCAAUCUGAAAGGCUCUUAAUAAUGCUCUUAAACUGGAGCCAUUAUUUGAUGGGAUAUUUUAUGUCUUGUUUUUAUGAAAAAUGUAGUCCAUUUAUUCUUGAUUCUUUAAUAAAAUAGUGAAAUUAUGGUUUUCUUUAUGCACAUGUUGCUUAGCACUAAUACACUCCUAAGAACUGUAGCAGCAUGGAAACUUAUCACAUAAUGCAGUUAUUCAUGUGGCUAGCUCCUGUACCCAUGAAGCAGCUACCAUGCUAUCUCAACACUUAAAAUAGUUCAACACAUUGUGACAAGUUUAAUUUCUAGUUCAUAAUUGAACUUGUAGAAGAUUUAAUGUUUCAUGAGCUACUUGAUAAGUUCUAAUUAUGUUUCAUUGCUGCUUUGUAAGAAACCUGCUGAAUUUUCACUUUAUUUUUUGGCUUUUUUGAUGAUUUUUAUUUAUUACCACAUAAUAUUUGCAGUUUGUGUGGCUAACUGAGGAAGUCUGAUAAAGCUGGUAAUAUUCUAUGUGUCUUAAGAGACAGAUGACAGUUAAAAAGAAGUGCAUAUUCUUUUACUGUCAGAUAAUUGCUGUUAGAACAUAGGAUGUAAUAGGAAAAUGUAAAUUUAUAGUAUCAUACACUUUAUAAAAAACCCCUGUUAUUUUUUUAUGGAAAUUUUUAUAUAAAAAUCUAUUUCUGUAUAUUUCAAGUGAUCCUGUAUUUUAUUAAGAUGCUGCAAGUGAGAUUGUCCACAACAGGGCAAGUAUUUGCAUCUGAUUGAAAUGAAAAGCAUGCAUUCUCUGAAGAAAAAUAAUUUCCAGCUGUUUGUGACCUGAGAAGUAAAACUAAACUGUAGAACAGAAUAAAAUAAUUUAAAGACAA